UUGUAAACAAAAAAUUGCUCAACUAAAAGAAAAAAGUAUUGACAAUUAUCCCAAGAUGAAAAAAGUGGCUCUUUUAGGGCUAACUAAUCAUGAUCUAGGAGAAAACAUUACAGCACGUUUAGAAAAUUUGCUUAUUAUUAAUGGCUCAAUAAAAAAAAGCAAAACAUCUAUCCGCAGCAGAGUUGUGACAGAAAUGCAUAUUCAACUUAUCGAAGUAAUUGUUCUUAACGAUUUGACCGAUGACGAUUACUUAUUAGCCAAUUAUAGUAAUGAUGGAUUAAUUGAAGAAAUAUCAAUGAAUGACAAUUAA